AUGGUUGAACCUGUGGGUAACCAUUAUGUUAUAGCCAGACCUGUAUACUCGGAGAAUGCAUUCAAUGAAGAGCAUGAGAAAUUGCACAGAUACCAUAAAACCUUUUGGGAUCACCUGAAACUCUAUUUUAGCUGCUCCCCACAAAGGGCCAAAAAAAUUGCUUUGCGUUUGUUUCCAGUCGUUUCGUGGCUGCCAGCGUACCGCUUCAGAGAGUGGAUCCUGAAUGACAUCAUCUCUGGCAUCAACACGGGGCUGGUGGCUGUGCUGCAAGGUCUGGCCUUUGCUUUGCUGGUGAAUGUCCCCCCCAGUUAUGGACUCUAUGCAGCAUUCUUCCCUGUCCUGGUCUAUUUUAUCUUUGGCACAUCGAGACAUAUCUCAGUGGGUCCCUUCCCUGUCCUGAGCCUCAUGGUGGGAGGAGUCGUCACCAGGCUGGUCCCUGAUGACAGCACUGGAAAUGGCAAUUCCACCAAUACCUCAGCAAUAAAUGAUGAGAGGGUGAUGGUGGCUGCAUCUGUAACCUUCCUUUCUGGGGUUAUUCAGUUGCUUCUGGGAAUUUUCCAGUUUGGAUUCAUCGUUAUUUAUCUAUCACAAUCAUUAAUCAGUGGAUUCACAACUGCUGCAGCUAUCCAUGUUUUGGUAUCUCAACUGAAAUUCAUGUUUCAGCUAUCUGUCCCUGGAUUUAAUGUACCAUUUGGCAUCAUCUAUACUCUGGAGAGCGUUUUCAGCCAGAUCACAAAAGCAAACGUUGCUGACCUUGUCACAUCACUGAUUGUCUUGCUUAUCGUGUUUGUGGUGAAAGAAAUGAACGAUCGAUACAAGGAAAAGUUACCAGCUCCCAUCCCCAUUGAACUCCUUGUGACAAUCUUAGCAGCACUGAUUUCCUAUUUUGUCAACUUGGAAGAAAAAUUUGGUGUAGCUGUUGUUGGAAAAUUAGAGGAAGGGUUUCAUGCACCUGUUGCACCUGAUGCAGGCAUCCUCCAGAACUGUAUUGGAGAUGGCAUUUCCAUUGCAAUCGUUGGGUUUGCAGUGGCCUUCUCUGUGGCUAAAGUGUAUUCCAUCAAGCAUGACUACCCAAUAGAUGGCAACCAGGAGCUAAUUGCUUUUGGGCUGGGUAAUAUAGUUGGUGGAUCAUUCAAGGGAUUUGCCUCCAGCACUGCUCUGUCAAGAUCAGGUGUGCAGGAGAGCACAGGAGGCAAAACACAGAUUGCUGGCAUUAUCUCAUCUGUCAUUGUUUUGGUUGUGAUCUUGGCCAUUGGGUUUCUCCUGGCACCAUUACAGAAGUCAGUCCUUGCAUCUUUGGCUCUUGGCAAUUUGAAAGGAAUGCUCAUGCAGUUCAAGGAAAUAGGCAUCCUCUGGAGAAAGGACAAGUAUGACUGUGUUAUAUGGGUGGUGACUUUCUUAUCUGCCAUCUUUCUUGGCCUGGACAUCGGACUGGCAGCAGCUGUGGCAUUCCAGCUGCUGACCGUGGUGAUCCGCUCCCAGAUUCCAAGCUGCACUGUUUUGGCCAAUGUUGGGAGAAGCAACAUCUACAGAAACAGGAAGGAUUACACUGAUAUCUAUGAGCCAGAGGGAGUGAAGAUUUUCAGAUGCUCCUCUCCAAUUUUCUUUGCUAAUAUUGAAUUCUUCAGAGAGAAACUCAUCACUGCUGUUGGCUUCAACCCCCUGAGAGUCCUGAGGAAACGCAAUAAAGCUCUGAGGAAGAUCAGGAAGAUGCUGAAGAAGGGAGAGCUGCAAGUGACACCGAAGGGCUUGGUUUGCAUGGCUAACCCUACAUAUGAGUCAGAGGAAGAGUUGGACAACAACAAGAUAGAGGAGCUGGACCAGCCCACCAUCAUGACAGACUUGCCCAUUCGGAUCAACUGGAGCACUGACCUCCCCCCUGGCAUCAGUGUGCCCCAGGUCAACAUCCACAGCAUCAUUCUGGAUUUCUCAUCAGUGUCCUUCCUGGAUUUUUCUGCCAUGACAGUCCUCCGAAAGACUUUGAAAGAGUUUGUCCGGCUCGACAUUGACAUUUACAUUGCUGGGGCAUACGAGGGCCUCCUGGACAAACUGGAGAGAAGUGCAUUUUUUGAUGAAGAGAUUAAACCAUCCAUGUUUUUCCUCACCAUUCAUGAUGCAGUUUUACACAUUUUGCUGAAGAAGGACAUAGCCAACUCCCCCAAAUUAAAGCUUGCUGAGGAGAAGGGUAGAAGCAGUGACUAUGUGAUCAUCCCCAGGAAUGGACUGCGCAACCGGGAGUGCACGAUUCCAACAGAAACAAAAUUUUAGACGUAACUUCCUAAGUAUAAUAUCCUCCAGCAACACAAUGUCUUAGAAGAUGAAUGUGUGAUGAGCAUGAAGACAGAAGGAUGCUUUUAAACACCUUAAGAAGGAUUUACUACAUAUAGUUAUG